AUGCUGAAGAACCUCGAUAGAACCCAUCAACUGAUGUACAGAUACGAUGGCACAUGGGGGAAGCCAACUUGGGCAGUGACUACUGUGCUUUCUCCAAAGAAGAACGAUCUUUCCACGCCGAAUGUCGUGACCUACCAAGCGGCGUAUAAUUCUGCAAACAUUGAUGGGAGCCCUAGCUAUCUGCUAUCGACAGGCUCGGCUGAUAUAGAAUGGCACAUUUUGGAUCGGAUGCUGGACCAAGGCUGGCAUGUGAGUUUACCAGACUAUGAAGGUCCAUCGGCGUCCUUCGGAGCCGGGAAAAUGGCAGGGCAUGCAGUUCUGGACGCGAUGCGCGCUGUUCACUAUGUCGCCGCUGGUCUUUACGGCGUCGACGCUCAUCACUUGAAGCAUAUCGCUUGGGGCUACUCUGGAGGGGCUCUUGCAACUGCCUGGGCUUUCCGGGAACUGCGCUCCUACGCCUCCUGGGAUAUGGAGAAGAAGUUUAAUCACUACGUCAUAGGCGGCUUUCCCAGGGAUCCAAUCGAGAUGAUAAAGAGACUAGAUGGCCACGAGGAAGCGGGAAUAGCUCUUCACGCUCUAUCCGGCCUGAUGAACGAGUUCCGACAUAUCAACGGCACAAUCCAGCUGGCUGCCAUGAGAAGCGGCCCAUUCAACAUAACGGUCUUCGAUAGAGUCAAGACUAUGACGCGCGCCGAGACUAAGAGAGAAUUUGCACACCAGACAUUAGGCUACUACUUCGUCGACGGUCUCGACCACGUUGUUCAAGAGCUGCGGGGACACCAGCCGCGCGAACAGAAGAUAGAUUUCCCGAAGGCUCUGAAGCUCGAGUCACUCACCUCUCCUCGCCUCAGAGAACGCAAGAAAUUACUCAUCUAUCAUGGAGUACAUGACGAGCUUGCGCCGAUUGAGAAGGUUGAUGAACUGAUCAAGAAAAACUGUUGGUGUCAGGCGAGCGUGGUAAUUGAAUACCACAGAAACCACGAAGGAGGCCACAUGGAGAACCAGGAACUUGCUCUUGACACUGCAAUGAGUUGGAUGAAGACCAAAUUCCGCGUCAUGCAAUUUUGGGGCCAUGAAGGCGGCACGAUGGAAGCCAAUGGUGAAAAAGAACAUUACAAAUGGGAGCAAUGCGACAUUUUCCAAAAGGCUUGGAACCGCUGA